AUAUCUGUGGCUAUUAACGUUUCAAAAAUAGGGUCUAUAGUGUCUGUGUAAUGCAAGUAUAAUACAAUAAAAGGGUUGUGUAGACGGUAACAUCAGGCCUACAUGAUAAUUGUAUAAUGCCAUAAGUCUGAUUAUUUAUAAAAUAAGGGAGAUUAUUAAUGACAUAUUAUAUAAAAUAAUAGGAACCUAGUAAAAUCUGCAAACCGUUGAAGAGAGCGAGAGAUAUGCGAAAAGAAACGGUCAAAAUAUGGAAAAUGAAACUUACAAAGUAUGGACAAAUAAAAGGGAGAGCUGUUAUGUCCGAGUCACCGACCUCUUCUGAUCUGAACAACGACCUGGCAGUAAUCCGAUUCUGUAAUCUGACUUCGCCGAUAAGCCUUGAAUCCAUGAACUCCAUCCUGGUAAACAGGCAGCUCUCAGGUGUGGAGAACGUUGACGGCUUCAAGUGUUUUCUUCAUUGUCUAUAUUACAAGUACAAUUGGAUGGAUGAAGAAGGAGAAUUUUCUCUGGCCAAUAUGAAGAGCUCUCUGGAGGCUUCCCGACUUGAUGAGCUUGCAAUUGACUGGAUCAUCUUCAAGUGCUCUGCUGUUGAUUCACUGGACAGGUGCGAGAGAGCCUUCAAAUUUACGGAAUGUUUCUGGGAGGAGACCAAAGAGUUUGAGAAUGAGGAUGAUUCAGCCUUAUACAGGACAGACUGAUUGGUGCAUUGUUCCUUGCAUAAAUAAAUACAAUAAAUGUGACAAUGAAAUAAAAUUAAACUUGCAUGCUCAAUGAUAGUCAUUAAAAUUAUAUAUUAAAAUAA